AUUUAAGAGCUCAAACAAAACAAAGUCCAAAAAACCUUCACACCCUGAAGCAGACAAACCACCAGAUUCCCAGCAAUUUGCAGCAAUGCUCUCAAACUACUUAGUGGAAUUCCUGGAUAUUAAAACCUGUCUUAUAGGAUUUUUACUUGUGCUACUACUUCUUGAUAUCUAUAGCAACAAAAGCCCAUCCAAUUUCCCACCGGGACCAUGGCCCCUGCCUUUUGUAGGAAACAUUUUCACUGGGGUUGACUUCAAGACGAUAGACAAGCUUGCUGAGAAGUAUGGAGAUGUUUUCAGCCUGCGUUGGGGAAGUCAGAAAACUGUGGUUAUCUCUGGACAUAAAAUGGUGAAGGAAGCUCUCAUUACUCAGCCAGACAGCUUUGCAGACCGUCCUGUUCUCCCUCUCUUUCACAAGGUCUAUAAGGGACUUGGUGUAGCUCUCAGUAAUGGGUACCUGUGGAAAAACCAGAGGAAAUUUGUCAUCACAAGCCUACGCCACUUUGGUGAAGGAAUCUUGGAGCUGAGUAUCCAGCAGGAGAGCAUCUUUCUGUGUGAUGUCUUCAAAGCAGAACAAGGUCCUUUUGAUCCUCAGUUUUUCCUGAACAACGCAGUCUCAAACAUCAUCUCUGCACUAGUUUUUGGCCAUCGGUUUGAAUACCAUGACCAGAAUUUCCUGAAUAUCUUGCGUUUGGAUGCUGAAGCGGUCGUUUUAGCAGGUUUUGCCCGAUCUCAGCUGUACAAUGUCUUCCCUCGCCUCUUUGAUUACCUUCCCGGCCCCCAUAAGACAAUUUUUGACAACUACGCAAAAAUAAUAGAGUUCAUGAAGGGAGAAGUAAGAAAACACAAGGAGGACUGGGAUCCCUCAAAUCCUCGUGAUUACGUUGACAAUUUCCUUUUAGAAAUGGAGAAGAAAAAGAGUGAUCCUGAAGCUGGAUUUAAUGUUGAUACAUUAUUGAUUGCAAUGCUGGACUUGUUUGAAGCGGGGACAGAAAGCGCAGCCACUACAAUGCGCUGGGGUCUAUUCUUCAUGAUGAAAUACCCUGAGAUACAGAAGAAAGUGCAGGACGAGAUUGAUAAAGUGAUCGGACAGUCACGCCAGGCCAGAAUCGCUGACAAAACCAACAUGCCCUACACUGAAGCUGUUAUUCAUGAGAUUCAAAGGAUGGGAAACAUUGUGCCUUUGGGUUUCCCAAAAAUGGCCACUAAAGAUACUGAACUGGGCGGAUUCUUCAUUCCAAAGGGCACAGCAGUGACUACAAACCUGUCAUCUGUGCUUAAUGACAAGAGUCAGUGGGAAACACCAGACACAUUUAACCCUGGGCACUUUCUAGAUGAACAAGGCCGAUUCCUCAAGAAGGAGGCUUUCCUGCCCUUUUCAGCAGGUAGGAGAGCAUGUGUGGGGGAGCAAUUGGCUCGGAUGGAACUCUUCCUGUUCUUUACCUCUCUGCUGCAGAGCUUCACAUUCUCUCCUUGUCCUGGAGAUGAGCUGAGCUUGGAGGGACAGAUGGGUUUCACAUAUGCACCCAAACCCUUCUGCAUCUGUGUCAACCCACGCUAAGAGCCCAUAUAUAUAUAGUAAUUAUAGUGCAUUUAUAAAUUAUUCAGUAUUAAUUUUGUUAUUUUUCAGCACGAUACAAUCCCAAAAUUAUUUUUUCCUCAUUAAUCUACAAUCAGUAUCCCAUAAUGACAAAGAGAAAACAGAAUUCUAGAAAUGUUUGUAAAUAAUUAUUAAUAAAAAGUAUGAACUAUUACAUAUACAAAAGUAUUGUACCUUUGCAACAACAAUUAAAAUUGAGCUCAGGUGCCUCCCAAUUCUCUUAAAUGUUGCUGAGAUUUCUUUUUAUUAAAAAUGUUGUGCUAUAAAUAAGUAACGGAAAAUGUUCGAGAAAUCGUCUUUCUCAGGGGAUUUCGCCAAUAUUUGUUUGCAUAAUUAUUAUGCAAUUAGAUAGAUUUGAUUCAAAGUAAACAAAAAUCUUUAAACAAAUAAAG